GUUGCUACCAUUUUGACAGGCCAGCACUGUUUUGGAGAGCCUCCGAACAGCUCGCGAUCACUUGGCCAGUUUCAGUUAUAUUUUCACAGCGAACGCGUGCGUGCGUACGUUAGGUGGCGCUGUGUGUUUUUUGAUGUGAAACAAAACAAAAGAAGAAAGAAAGAAAAAAAAUAAAAGAAACGGGGUCAGAAAAAAACCGAGAAUUGACGUACCAACGUGUGUGUGUGUAUGUGUGUGACUUCCAUAUGCGAUAAGGGCUUUGAGAAAAAAAUAAAUAUCGAUUUCUAUUGACUUUUGAAAAAAGUGUGUCUAAAAAAAUUUUGAAAAAAUAUUUAUUUGUGAAAUUCCGAAAAUGUUUCAAUUCUGUGUGAGUGUGUGUAAAUUUCAUUGAUGUUAUGCUGCCCGAGAAAAUGUCCCUGUGUGCCUAUCCCCAAGUCCGAAUCUACGAAGACUUUGAUAAAAUGAGUGCCAAGGAAGUCUACUACAACGAGGCGGGAAAAAAGAUCACCGUAAAAUUGUUGCAUUUCCCAGAGGUCCCCCCCGAGGAGAUCAACAAAAUGAACUUUGAGGAGGAGGAGCAAAAACAGCAGGAGAUUAUUAAUGGCAAUAAGCCCAUCAUGGAUAAGCCGAAGAAACCUCAAAACAAUGACAAAGAAGAGGAGGAGGAGGACGAUAUGAACAAUGAAUCUGCUGCGGAAAAUGAGGAUGAGGACGACGACGAAAAAGAGGCCGAUGAGGCAGAGGAACCCAAAGCCUCCGAGACCUGUGACAAAAAACAUCCCUCCUCUCCGUUGCUCUCCAAGAAAACUUUGCGCAAAAAAUCCUCUGGCAAUAUGGUGCAUGGCCGCAAAGUCAGCAUGGCCUUUGCCCAGGCCCAUGGCAUGCCAACGGUGUCCUCAACAGCUCCUCCCACCUCGACGGGUGCUAUACCCAAAACCCCACCACCCACACCGACCAUUAUGAUACCGCCCAAAGGCCUCUUUGAGUCGACUGAGACGAUAGCCACUCUACGCAAACAUUCGUUAAUGAAUCGUCGUUCACCCUCUCCGCAUGGUGCCAAUAAUUUGUGUCCCGGCUAUGCCCAGUAUUCGAAAUCGUUUCUCGAGGUCCCUUUGCCUCGCGAUUAUGGUUAUGCUUCGAGUGAUGAUUUGAGUUCGGAAUGGGAUUCGGAUGUACCCACGCCGAAUAGUCAAGUAAAAAAGCCUUCCGGUUGGCGCAAAAUCCGCAACAUUGUCCAAUGGACGCCGUUCUUCCAAACGUACAAAAAACAACGUUAUCCCUGGGUCCAAUUGGCUGGUCAUCAGGGCAACUUCAAGGCUGGCACCGAACAGGGUACCGUCCUAAAGAAGUUGUGUCCCAAGGAAGAGGACUGUUUUCACAUACUCAUGAAGGAUGUGCUGAGGCCCUAUGUGCCGGAGUACAAAGGUCAGGUGACCAGUGAGGAUGGAGAAUUAUAUCUCCAGCUACAAGAUCUCCUCAGCGAUUUCUAUCAACCCUGUGUCAUGGACUGUAAAAUUGGGGUACGUACUUAUCUCGAGGAGGAAUUGUCCAAGGCCAAGGAGAAACCCAAGCUGCGCAAGGACAUGUAUGAGAAAAUGAUACAAAUCGAUCCGAAUGCCCCCAGCGAGGAGGAACACAAGGCCAAGGGGGUAACCAAACCGCGUUACAUGGUAUGGCGGGAGACCAUCUCCAGUACGGCCACCCUGGGUUUUCGCAUAGAGGGCAUCAAAAAAAGUGACGGCACCAGCACCAAGGAUUUCAAAACCACAAAAUCCCGAGAACAAAUCAAGGCGGCCUUCAAGGAGUUCGUCAAUGGCUUUCCCCAUGCCAUGCCCCGUUAUUUACAACGCUUACGUGCUAUCCGUGCCACCCUAGAAUGUUCCGAUUUCUUCCGCAGCCACGAGGUGAUUGGCAGUUCCCUGCUCUUUGUCCACGAUCGCAAACAGGCCAAUGUCUGGCUGAUUGAUUUCGCCAAAACUGUCCAUCUGCCCGAGAAUCAUUUCAUUAGCCACAACAGCACCUGGAAGGUGGGCAAUCACGAGGAUGGCUAUCUGAUUGGCAUAAAUAAUCUCAUUGACAUCUAUUCGGAAUUGGAAAUGGAAAUCAAUACCGGUCUGUGUGAAACAUCCAAUUCGAAUUCAUUGUCACCAUCCUCGCAAGGCUCCUCGCCGAGUUCGCUGUCACCCAAGCUUUCGUUGAGCGAAACAAAUGUGGGGGAAGUCCAACAGCAGCAGCAGGAGGAGGGGCAGGAGGAUGGGUGUAGGUCAGUAGCCACACCGGUGAAUGAAAUUGGAAAUGUGAAUAGAGAAGACCAGCCAAGUUAUAGGAAUUUGGAACAAGAUUAUGCUGCUGGGGAUUAUCGCCGGGGUUCGGAGGAAUCCGAGCAGGGGGAGGAGAAGGGAUUGAAGUAAUUUUUAGGAAAUUUUGAUUUUUUUUUUGUUAAAUGAAAUUAAGGAAAUUGAGAAAAUGUUUUCCUUCAAGGGGUCCUUGGAGUUUUGGGAAAUUUUCUAAAGAAGAGGAAGCUUGAAAUUUUUUCAAAAAAAAAACAAAAAAUAAUUUUUAAAAAAUGCUUUUUGAAAAAUAAUUUUUGAAAAAUAAUUUUUGAAAAAAAAAUUUUUGAAAAAUAUUUUUUUGAAAAUGGAGCAAUUGCCUUUCAAGAGAUGUGAAAACAAAAUUUCGGGAGAUUUUAAGGAGAGAAAUAAUGGAGCAAAUAUUUCGAGAGAGGAAUUUCACAAGAGGCCCAAAUAAUAAUCCCAGUAAAAAAAGUAGGAAAAUAAUGCAAGGAAAAAUGGAUAUAUCUGUGGGGCCUAUGAUGCAGCACCAGGGGGGUUAAUUUUUCCAUUGACAUAUAUACUGUAAUGUAGCUGUAAUGACCUCCAAACAGUAAAGGUGAGAAAACAAAAUCAAAAUUUCUAUAAAAUGAUUAUGAGGAGCAAAAUUGAACAGAUUUUUUACAGAAUAGAAAUUAUAGCUACAGAUUUCUUUUGUUCCAAGAGUCAUAGUGAAAUUCGAUGGGGAAUAUUUUCUCCAUUGACACUAAUGACCUAGAAUAAAUCACUGUGGGUGAAAUCGGUCAAUAGUCAGAAAAACUCAAAAAAAUUAGUUUUUCAUUAAUUGAUCUAAAUUGUAGCCGAUUUUCUCAACAAAAUAUAAUUCCCACAAUUAUUAUUUGUUUGGAGACCUCAUGUAGAAUUUUGUGAAGAAUAAUUUUUCCAUUGAUACCAAGGACCCAAAAUAACAUACAGUGGGUGAUAUAGGCCCUGGAUGAGAAAAACUUUGAAAUUUGUUCGCAAUUUUUAUUAUAUUUUUUAUAAACAAAUUAAUCGGGAUUUUUAAAGGUCAUAUAUUAUUGCUAGGGAUUUAUUUUGUUUGGAGGCCCCUAGUGAAAUUCGAUGUAGAAUAUUUUCUCCAUUGACACUAAUGACCUAGAAUAAAGCUCUGUGGGUGAAUUCGGUCAAUAGUCAGAAAAACUCAAAAAUUUAGUUUUUCAUUACUUAAUCAAAAUUUUUUCCGAAUUUCUCAACAAAAUAUAAUUCCCACAAUUAUUAUUUGUUUGGAGACCUCAUGUAGAAUUUUGUGGAGAGUAUUUUUUCCAUUGACAUCAAGGACCUAAAAUAACUUACAGUGGGUAAAAUAGGCCCUGGGUGAGAAAAACUUUGUAAUUUGUUCGCAAUUUUUAUUAUAUUUUUUAUAAACAAAUUAAUCGGUAUUUUUAAAGGUCAUAUAUUAUUGCUAGGGAUUUCUUUUGUUCGGAGGCCCCUGGCGAAAUUCGAUGUAGAAUAUUUUCUCCAUUGACACUAAUGACCUAGAAUAAAGCAGUGUGGGUGAAAUCGGCCAAUAAUCUGAAAAACUCCAAAAUUUAGUUUUUCAUUAAUUGAUCCAAAUUGUAACCGAUUUUCCCAUGAAAAUAUAAUUCCCCCAAUUAUUAUUUGUUUGGAGACCUCAUGUAGAAUUUUGUGGAGAACCAUUUUUCCAUUAACACCAAGGAUCUAAAAUAACAUUCAGUGGGUAAAAUAGGACCCGGGCGAGAAAAACUUUGAAAUUUGUCCAAAAUUCUCUAUGGUCUUAAUAGACAAAUUUGAACGGGAUUUU